CAUGAGCAGAUUGCUCGGGAAAAGUUAAAAUCAGCUAAAUCCAAAAAAUGCCGCUGAAAAUUAGUGCAUUGUUGUGAAGGAGUUCUAAAGCCCAAAGAGGGAUAUCAAGUGUUGUUGCAGUGAUUAAUUGAUCAGUGUCCAAUGGGCGGUUGAAGGGAAAAGAACUCUGGAGGAUUGCGGUGUCUUUUUUUUUAUUGGAUAUUGCUGUGAAAAUCAAAAGAAAAUGAGUGAAGUGACCAAAACUUGUGCAAAUCGUCCAUCAUCACCGAGGAGAUUUUUUGAAUAUUUGUACGGAAAUUUGGAUAGGAAUUCGUCAUCGCCAAGCGAAAUAAGCAGCCCGUCGCCGGAAAUUGAGGAAAAAAGUCGAAAUUCGCAGAAAAUCUGUGAAAAUCGAUUAGAAUUUGCGCAUUUUUUGCCAACAUUUCAGCACACAAUCGUGGGAUUUGGACCAGAUUCAUCUCAUUUCCCCAUGGGAUUUUCAGCUUUUUUGGCAAGACGACGCCGGAAAGAGGGAAGACCACGGAGACAGCGGACAACGUUCAGUAGCGAACAGACAUUGCGUCUCGAGGUGGAAUUCCACAGGAAUGAGUACAUUUCGCGCGGGAAACGCUUCGAACUGGCCGAGACGCUUCACUUGACGGAGACUCAGAUUAAAAUAUGGUUUCAGAAUCGACGGGCUAAAGACAAGAGGAUUGAAAAAGCGCAAAUUGACCAGCAUUACAGGUAA